GAGGAUACAGCCCUGACGAAAAAAAGGCCUUGUGCCAAGCGCGGAGCCGCCGGAAGGAUGGAAGAUCAGGCAGCUCCGGGCUCUGGGGGCGGCGACGAGCCCCCGGGCCCUAGCAAGAUGAACGCGAAACGGAGCGGGCGCUCCUCGGAAGAGGAGACCCGGAAUAAGACGAAGUUGAAUAUCCAAAUAAAAACUUUGGCAGAUGAUGUGCGUGACAGAAUAACGAGCUUCAGGAAAUCAACAGUGAGAAAAGAGAAACCGUUAAUUCAGCACCAUGUUGACACACAACCUACUAUUAGUGAAAUUCCACUCGCCCAGGCGCUUCUGGAUGAACGGUGCAUGAACUUAUCUGAAAAGGAGGUUAUGGAUCUCUUUGAAAAGAUGAUGGAGGACAUGAAUCUUAAUGAAGAACGGAAAGCUCCUCUAAGAGAGAAGGAUUUAUCCACGAAACGUGAGAUGGUUGUCCAGUACAUUUCUGCCACUGCUAAAUCCAUAGUCGGAAGUAAAGUUCCGGGUGGACUCAAAAAUAGCAAACAUGAAUGCACGCUGUCAUCUCAAGAGUAUAUUCAUGAGUUACGAUCUGGAAUAGCUGAAGAAAAGCUUCUUAACUGCCUUGAAUCGUUGAGAGUGUCUUUAACCAGUAACCCAGUUAGCUGGGUUAACAAUUUCGGACACGAAGGCCUUGGACUACUUUUGGAUGCCUUGGAAAGGCUUUUGGAUAAGAAACAACAGGAAAAUAUUGACAAGAAGAAUCAACAUAAACUCAUCCAAUGUCUGAAAGCUUUUAUGAACAAUAAAUAUGGACUGCAGAGGAUUCUUGGAGAUGAAAGAAGCCUUUUACUUUUAUCAAGAGCGAUCGAUCCGAAGCAGCCACAUAUGAUGACAGAAACCGUGAAAAUACUUUCUGCAAUCUGCAUUGUUGGAGAGGAAAGAAUUCUGGACAAGGUCUUAGGAGCUAUAACAACUGCUGCUGAAAGAAAUAAUAGAGAACGCUUCUCUCCAGUUGUUGAAGGACUGGAGAAUCAUGAGUUCUUACAACUGCAGGUAGCCUGUAUGCAGUUCAUCAAUGCCCUUGUUACAUCUCCAGAAGAACUUGAUUUCAGGAUUCAUUUGAGAAAUGAGUUUUCACGUUGUGGCUUGAAGAAAUUAUUGCCUGCCUUGAAAGAGAAGGAGAAUGAAGAGCUUGAUAUUCAGUUGAAAGUGUUUGAUGAGAGCAAAGAAGAAGACUUAAUUGAACUAUCUCAUCGUUUGAAUGAUAUCAGAGUUGAAAUGGAUGAUCUGAAUGAAGUAUUUCAGUUUUUGUAUAAUAUGUUGAAAGAUACUUCUUCUGAAAACCACUUUUUGUCAAUUCUACAACACUUCCUUCUCAUCAGGAAUGAUUACUAUGUCCGACCUCAAUACUACAAGGUAAUCGAAGAAUGUGUAUCACAGAUAGUAUUGCACAGCAGUGGCCUGGACCCAGAUUUUAGUUGCAGAGGAAGAAUGGACGUGGAUUUUACCCAUCUUAUUGAUGCAGCUGUAGACAAAACUAAAGUAGAAGAGAGUGAGAAAAAAGCAGCAGAAUUUUCCAAGAAAUUUGACGAGGAGUUCACAGCUCGACAAGAGGCACAAGCAGUACUUCAGAAACGAGAGGAAAAGAUCAAAGAACUUGAAGCAGAAAUCAAACGAUUACAAAGCCAGGGUCCUCCUCCACCAAGUGUGCAUGUGCCACCUUCUACAGUAUCUCUGCGAUCUAGUGGAACAGUGCCACCACCUCAACCCAGUGGUACGGCUUCUGUGCUGCCUCCUCCUCCACCACCACCACCACCACUGCCUGGUGUGACCGUAAUUCCUCCUCCGCCUCCGCUGCCUGGUGCGACCACAAUUUCUGGUGCAACUGUAAUUCCUCCUCCACCUCCACUGCCUGGUGCGACCGCAAUUUCUGGUGCGACCGUAAUUCCUCCUCCUCCUCCGCUGCCUGGUGUGACCGUAAUUCCUCCUCCUCCUCCGCUGCCUGGUGUGACCGUAAUUCCUCCUCCUCCUCCACUGCCUGGUGCGACCAUAAUUCCUCCUCCUCCUCCACUGCCUGGUGCGACUGCAUCUCCUGGUGCGACUGCAGUUCCUCCUCCGCCUCCGCUGCCUGGUGCGACUGCAAUUCCUCCUCCGCCUCCACUACCUGGUGGAGCAGCACCAGUGCCGCCGCCACCGCCUCCACUGCCUGGUGGUGGCGCAGGGCCUCCACCUCCACCACCUGGUGGGCCUCCAAUGGCACCAUUUCUUGGUAGUUAUCCAUUUGCUCCUGUCCCAGUGAUGCCAGCAUUACCACACGGAAUGAAGGAGAAGAAAAAAUAUAAUGUGGAAGUAUCUAUGAAGAGAAUCAACUGGUCCAAGAUUGAGCCUUACAAGAUAGCAGAAAAUAGCUUUUGGGUAAAAGCUGAAGAAGAUAAAUUUGAAAGCCCAGAACUAUUUGCAAGAUUGGCAGUCACUUUUGGAACACAAAUGAAAGCUAAAAAGGCAGUAGAAAAACAAGAAGAAAAGAAAACAGAACAGUCAAAGAAAAAGAACAAAGUAUUAAGAGUUUUGGAUGGAAAAACUUCACAAAACUUAUCAAUAUUUUUGGGUUCUCUACGUAUGCCUUAUGAAGAAAUAAAAAAUAUCAUUUUAGAGGUUAAUGAAGAGAAGCUGACUGAAACCUUUGUUCAGGCUGUAAUGAAGAAUCUUCCUGAACAGGAAGAAAUUAAUGCCUUAGCUGCAUUGCAGGAUGAAUAUAAUGAUCUUGCUGAGUCAGAACAAUUUAUAAUCGUGAUGAGUUCAGUGAAAAUGCUGAGGUCACGUCUCAAUGCAAUUCUUUUCAAACUUUCAUUUGAAGACCAUAUAAACAAUAUCAAGCCUGGCAUUAUGGCAGUUACACUAGCUUGUGAAGAGCUGAGGAAGAGUGAAAGUUUUAGUAAGCUUUUGGAGUUAGUGUUGUUCCUUGGAAACUAUAUGAACACUGGCAGCAGAAAUGAACAGUCUCUUGGUUUUAACAUCACAUUUCUUUGCAAGAUUAUAGAUACUAAAUCAACAGAUCAGAAGACAACCUUGCUGCACUUUCUGGCGGAAGUGUGUGAGGAGAAUUAUCGUGAUAUCUUAAAAUUCACAGAUGAACUGCAGCAUGUUGAGAAUGCAAGUAAAGUUUCAGACAAAACUCUAAAGAGCAACCUUGACUCAAUGAACAAACAGAUCCAACACAUAGAAAAUGACAUUAAGAAGUUUCCUAAAACAGAAGAUGAGCACGAUAAGUUUGUAGAGAAGAUGAGCAUCUUUGCUGAGAAUGCACGAGACCAAUAUGAAAAGCUGUCCUGCAUGCACAGCAACAUGAUGAAACUAUAUGAGAAUUUGGGAGAAUACUUUACUUUUGACGCCCGUUCAAUAAGCAUGGAAGAAUUCUUCGGUGAUCUGAACAACUUCAGAAUUCUGUUCUUGGAGGCGUUAAAAGAAAACAACAAAAGAAGAGAACUGGAAGAAAAAAUGAAGAGAGCCAAAUUGGCAAGAGAAAAGGCUGAGCAAGAGAGGCUGGAGAGACAGAAAAAGAAGCAACGGCUGCUUGAUAUGAACAAAGAAGGUGAUGAGACCGGAGUGAUGGAUAGUCUCCUUGAGGCCUUGCAGUCAGGAGCUGCAUUCAGAGAUCGCAGGAAGCGUGUACCACGAGAUAACAGACAAGUAGGUUUGGAAGACUCUCGUACUCGUCACAGUGGAACAAGAGCAGCUCUAUGAUUCUUCUGAUGCCAAAGAAUUUAGUGAAUUGUUUUAUUUACAAUAACAUUGAUAUAUUUUUAAGAGUUUAUCAUCCAAAUUGGCAACGAUCACAAAAGAAUACUGGUAUUGACAAAAUGCAAAAGAUGUUUAAGUAAUUUUUGUUAAAUAAUCCACAUACUGUAUCUUAUUACCCCAACUACAAAGAUCUGUAAACAGUGUUUAACAGCAAGGUCUUAUUUUUUUUGUUCUUUUUUUUUUUCCUUUUUCCUUUUACUUUUUUCUUUACUUUUUUUCCUUUCCUUUUUUUAAAGCUGGUAAUUUGAAUGAAAGGAGUUGGGGGUUCCUAGAAAGUGCUUUACAUGGCUAAGAAAAUAGACCUUUGUUGAAAGAAUACAGAUGUGGAUUCCAUUUGCAAUUCUCGUUUGGACCUGAAAGAAAAAAAGUAAUAAAAUUGUAUGUUAAAAAAUUCAGAGGUGAACUGAUGUACAGAAUCAUUUUUGUAACCAUAAAAACGCAAUGCAUAGCCCCAGUGAGGUUGCUGGAAAUCUGUAUCUCUAUGUAAAGCCUGGUGGAUUCAGCAAGUUUGGCUCCAUGUAGGAUAUAGCACAUAUCUCCACUUUUGGUGACUUUAAUGAUGUAUAAUCUUAUAAAAUUAUCACUGCUAAAAAUAAAAAGUAAAAAAAAAAAAAUAAAUCAAACAGAGCAUAGGAUUUCACCAAAAUUAAAUGAUACUAUGGGCAGAAUAUGUUUUUAACUGAAUAUACAGAGAAAUUUUCUAAUUAUGAACUUAUAUAUUCUUUAUACAGAUAUUUGGGGAAAAUGAUUGUCCUAUUUUAAUUAUACUGAAAAUACCUUUGUGUAGGUUUUUAGAUACGGACUACAUUAUGAAGCUAUUCAGAGCUGCCUCUGAGUUUUUCCUCUGUUUCUCAGGUAAAACAUGUAGCGGGAUCUCUGUGGUGGAUUUUAGUUCCGAGGGUUUAGCAGCUAAGAAUAAGUUCUCUACCUGGAGCACUAUAUAGCAGAGAACAAUGAUUGCAGCAAUCUGAUUUUUUUAGGAAACUUCUCCCAUUCUACUUUGUAUACAGCCCCUGCACUGCAGUACCUCAGGUGAGCAGUCAGCUCGGUAGCUGACACUGUCUAUGUUCUGCCACUCAAGGGGAAACUUAACAGUUCUCUUUUCUCCCCGGACUCUAGUUGAAUGUACAGUGUGUUUUGGUGUUCAGGUCAGUCUUCACCAUCAUUUGUACUGAAGACUUGAUGCUUAUUUGGAUGAGAUGGAGGAUUUUAAGUGGGAGUUCCAGUAGAACUACUCGUAUGGUAUUUUUAAAAACAGGAUACAGUGUAGUAGAUGGCACUUAUUCUCAAGUUAUUACUGAUUGAUGAAUUAGUAUGAAUACUUGUAUUGCCUGGGGUUAUGGGAAACUUCUUUUUUUAAUGUUAUAGAAUAUUUGGAGGUCACAUUGUUUUCUGUGCACAAACUGCUAGCUCUAGAGGAGCGUUUGAUACUGGGGCGGUGUAAUUUUGCACUACUGCUUGAGCCAAGCGUCUUUGUACAGUAGAUACUUUUUGCUUAUCUGGUAAUAUACUUUAAAGACUAUCCAGCUAUGUAGGGAUAAAUGCUUACAAUUUCAAGCUAUGUUCAUAAAUACACAGUUACUGUAAGAAAAGAUAAAAGAUACAGCUCCUUAUCUGUCCAAGUAUUGAUUUUUCUUUUUUUUUUAAUGGUCUUCAAAGAAUAUGGUUUUUGCCCAUUGCUGCACCACUAAACACAAGAAUGCAAAUGAAGCCUAGUGAAAUGUGUGCUGUCAACUAAUACUCUACCUAAACUGGGGCUUUUUGUGUUUUUAGUAAUUAAGUAAAGUCUUGUAUGGUACUUCAGAAAAAAAAAUAUGCAUGCAACAGGAUUCUGUUCUGUCUCUCAGUUCUUUCAAUAAGAGAUACAAAGAAUUAUAUUCUGUUUUUGUGUAAGGUCAACAUCAACCUUGUACUCAACCAUAUUAAUUUUGCAGUUAUAAAAAUGUGCUUAAUGUGCAUAGCCAGUUUAAAAGGAUUAGGUGCAUAAUGUCAAUAUAAAUUUGUACUACAAUCAAUAGUGUAUUAAAAUUCAAAUUUUAAAAUGAGCAUUUUGGGAUUUAGAGGUAUUGAUAUCUUUAUAUGUGAAAACUCAACAGCUCAAAGCAGAAUCUUUAUACUGUAGCAGUAAUUAUUAGUGCACAAGUUUUUCAUUUCCAUGGUUGUAUUUUUUAAAAGGUCUGUAAAAGCUGACUGCAGAUUCUCAAGAACCAAAUCUUAGCAAAAAACAAAUCCAAAAUAACAUCAUCAUGUAAUACUUCUAUUUUACUACUAUUUUUUUCGUAUUUGAAACAUUUAUAUAAUUUAAUGGACAUAUCUGUUAGAACAAAAGUGUCUUUCAAAGGAAAACUAGUUUAGAGGAUAAUUUAUGUAAAUAUAGGGUGCUCGUAUUUAUGAAGUCUAAAAUAUUUUCUGAAAUUGAUGCUGGUCACUUUGUCUUUUGAUAGUUUUUUCAGUCUAUAUUAAAUUGCAGCUAUUUUUAAUGUUUUUAUUAUUGAUCUGAUUUUCAGAGUUGUCACGUGUUUCUCUAGAAGUGUAGAGUAGUAGCACCUUUUUCAGAAAUGCACUUGCCUUAUUUUCUAAUUUAAAAAAAAACAAAAUAUAUCAGUUAAACUAUAUUUGUAUUCAGAAUAAUCCCAGAAAGAAAAUUGCUGGAGGCUUCAUACAUAAAUUUCUCGCUAAUUAUUUUUCACUAAAUGUCCUCUGAGACAUUAAGUUAACAGUAUCCUAUCACAUCUGUUUGCAUUCACAUUUUACCAGUUAGAAAUAAUGAAGAUAUUUUUUUUAUGAUGUUACACUGUUUACAUUUCUUAGUUUAUUUAAGAGGAAAAUAAUCUUACCUUUGUUAUGAAUUAAACUAAAUUUGCAAUUGACAUGGGAAUGAAUGGUUUAAAUCAUAUACGAAUAUGCAUCUCUGUUGCUUAAAACUACUGGCUGUACUGAUCAGAAAUGUAAAGACACAAAGACACAAGACAUUUUUGCUCAAGUUUGAUGAGUUUGCUGAGAAAAAGUGCAAGACGAUUUGUCAUGUAUGUUUGUGAUUGAGCAAAUGUCUUUUCCCAGCACAUAAGUGAUGUUAGUUUUGUGUUAACCAUAUUCUGAACUGAUGUUAAAGCCAAAACAAAUUUAGUGCCUCAGAGGGCAUUGACAAACAUCUUCAGGAAGCAUUCCUAGAAAUACUGUUAUGUAACUUGUUCUGAUUUUAAACAACCAUGAUCAAUAUGGAGAAUGUUAUCUGGAAUUAGUGAUUCUCUUCUGAAAAUGUGGAGACAAUUGCAAAUAUUCUCGUAGUUCCCUUCGAUAUUAUGCAGACAGUUACGAAUAUAUGUAUAUUUUUGCAUUUGUAUGUGUGGUAUAUGUACUACCUCAGAGAAAUGCUGUAAAAAAAAAUAAACAAACCAACAUAUUUUGAUGAUUUCUAUCCAAACCACAGUUCAUCCAUGACCUAAUUCAAAUUUACUCCACAAUGUACAAAUGGUUUGCUAAGCUGAGAAUCUGGCUGCAUUUUUGGUUUGGCUCUGGAAAUCUUCCUAUAGCUUUUAUUAAGAAAACUUUGCAGUGUUUUGCUUUCGCAUUCCUCAGGCAAAUCAUGCUCUGAUGGGUGAAUUUAGUACAUCCUAUAUUGAGAAUAUAGGAAAUAUUUAAAGCUGGUAAUAGUUGCGUGGAAGCAAACUUACAUAGAUUGCUUCUUAUCCUUUAAACAAAGGCUUGGCUGAAUUAUACUUCAAUGUUUGCCUUCAAACUGGUGAGAGGUCACCAUAAAAAAUGCUAAGAGAGAAAGCAGUGUAAAGGUAGCUCAUCUCUUAUGUGCCAUAAUGUUACCCAUUUUGAUAUGAAUAUUGUUCAAAACCUUCACGUCUCACAGAAUGUAAAUAAUAAAAAUAAAAUCAAAGCAGUUAAAGCCAAAUCCCUCAGCUUUUUCAGAUCACAUACUGCUUUUGUGUGCAAGAAAGAGACGUGUAAGCCUGUGUAUUCUGCAAGCUGUCACUAGGCACCCACUGAUUUCCUAAGAAAAAUGUUAAAGGAGAAAGAUUUGUUCUUGUAGUGCUUCUUUUAGUGCUAUUUGAGGUGAUACAUAUGCCACAGAAUGUGAACAAUAAUUGAUUACGGUUUAGUCAGUAUCAUGCGCCAUUUGGUUUCCCUUUUAGAAGUCAUACGACUCCUUGAUGCCAAAAAAAAAAAAA